AUCCUGUUCUGCACCUACGAACAGCAUGUUCAGUCUAUUUGACAACAGUAUUCUCCUGAAUUUAAUAUCAGGUGUGCAUGUACGACCAGUAAAUUUGACUAUUUUUUUUAACGUUAUACUUGGAAUGGGAGCAGAAAUGAACCCUAACCCUUAGCUAUAGAGAUGUGUGUGUAGGCCUAUAUAUAUACUACUUUUUUCAGAAGAGAAAAUUGAUUUGAUGUGCAUUAAAUAAUAACGGUACAGUUCACAAUUUGACUAUUGGCUGUUCAUUGGCCAACGUCUCUUUAUAAAUAAAGGAAGAGAAGACUAGGUCAGUUGACCCUCCAGCCAUGUGGCUUCCACUUCUCUUUUUCCAACUGCUCCGAGUGGUGGGAUCGAACCAGCAGGUCCUCGGCUUCCUUGGAGGAAGCGUGACCCUGUCCCCUGCCCUAGAUGUGACCCAGCGGAACAUUUCCUCCAUCAAAUGGCUCAUCCUGUCCAACGACACAUGGAUCGCGACCUACCAAGGAGGGAAAACCAAGACCAACCAUUUCUGGCAGUACAGGGGAAGGCUCCACCUCGACAUUUCAUCAGGUGACCUGACGAUCAAAAAUCUGAUCAGAAAGGAUGCCAUGAAAUACGUUUUGGAAGUGGGUUUCCAAGGAGAUGAAGAAAACAGCCGCAAGUUCGUCCUCAGAGUUGAACAACGCCUCGCGCAGCCCCUGGUCACCAAGCACCACGGCUGGUCGGAGGACGGCAGCUGCAUCCUGAGGCUCCAGUGCUUCUCGCCGGACCCUUCCGUGAACUUCACCUGGAGCACCACGCCUCCCGCCACCAACCGGACCCUGGCCAAGUGGCUCCACCCACACUCCGCCUUCCUCCUGGCCACCAUGGGAGAGGACGACAAGGUCGGCUUCACCUGCAACACCACCACAGCGCUGGAGUCUGCCAGCCACACUCUUGACGUCGUGUGUGGUCGAGGUGAAAACGUUAUGGACUCUCAAACCUGUCUCUCUCUCUCUCUCUCUCUCUCUCUCUUUCUUUUUCUCUUUCUCUCUCGUUCUGAAUCAAUCCAAAGAACACACUCCAACUUUUUUUCAUGGUGUUCUCCUCGGGAGCUGCCUUGGUAUUCUGCUUGCGAUGAUAACUUAUAUCCUCAGAGAAAGAAUUGAAGCUUCUAUUUAUUUAUUAUCUCAUCGGUAAGUCAAUCUUUUUCCCUUUUGUAAAUUAUGUUGCGUGUUGUAAACUAAUUAAAAAAUCAAACUUCGUUCUAUUUUUCAGAUAAGUGAUGUCCAUCAAACAAAUUAUAUUCUUCUCUUAUAUGUAAUCUGGCAUACAGAGGGGUUUAGAUGGACGGUCCGUCGUCUCAUUUGGCUAACCGAUGUAGUGUGCUAUGUGGCUUAAAGGUCCCAUGGCAUGCUACUUUAUGGAUGCUUGUAUAUAGAUGUUAGAGGUAUUUGAACC